AUGAAGUUCAUGAUUGAUGACCUGCCAAUUCUCUUUCCCUACCCCAGAAUCUAUCCAGGUGAAUACAUGUGCGAUCUCAAGCGCACCCUGGACGCAGGAGGUCACUGUGUCCUAGAGAUGCCUUCAGGAACCGGAAAGACUGUCACACUCUUGUCCCUCAUCGUGGCAUAUCAGCAACAUUACCCCGAACAUCGCAAACUGAUCUACUGCUCGCGUACAAUGUCCGAGAUCGAAAAGGCUCUCGCAGAAUUGAAAGCUCUGAUGAAAUAUCGAUCCGAACAACUUGGCCAUGUCGAAGAUUUUAGAGGACUGGGUCUCACUUCUCGUAAAAACCUUUGUCUGCAUCCGUCAGUCAAGAGGGAGAAGAGUGGUAGCAUUGUUGAUGCCAGAUGUCGGUCUCUUACCGCAGGCUUCGUCAAGGAGAAAAAGGAGAGGGGCGAGGAUGUAGAACUUUGCGUCUACCAUGAGAAUCUCGAUCUUCUGGAACCACACAAUCUGAUCCCUCCGGGUGUCUUCACAUUCGACGAUGUUCUCAAGUACGGCGAAGAGCAAAAGCAGUGUCCAUACUUUACAGUCAGGCGAAUGAUGCCUUUCUGCAACGUCGUCAUCUACUCAUAUCACUAUCUGCUAGACCCCAAGAUUGCCGAACGAGUGUCGAAAGAACUCUCCAAGGAUUGCAUCGUCGUAUUCGACGAAGCUCACAACAUCGACAACGUCUGCAUCGAGUCGCUAAGUAUUGAUAUUACCGAGGACUCACUACGGAAAGCAGGGAAAGGUGCAGCCAAUCUGGAGAGGAAGAUCAACGAGAUGAAGACGACAGAUGCUGCAAAGCUGCAAAACGAAUAUGCAAAGCUGGUGCAAGGUCUUCGGGAUGCCGAUGAAGCGAAUGAUGAGGGCGCAUUCAUGAGAAACCCAGCACUGCCGGAUGAUUUGCUCAAAGAAGCUGUGCCAGGAAACAUUCGACGGGCGGAGCAUUUCGUCGCUUUCCUCAAACGCUUCGUCGAAUACCUCAAGACUCGCAUGAAAGUCUUGCAUGUCAUUUCGGAAACACCGCCGUCUUUCUUGCAACAUCUCAAGGAGCUCACCUUUAUCGAGAGAAAGCCUUUGCGUUUCUGUGCAGAGCGUUUGACAUCUCUAGUGAGAACACUGGAGCUACAAAACAUCGAAGAUUACCAACCACUACAAGAGGUCGCCAGUUUCGCAACCUUGGUCGCAACCUACGAAACAGGUUUCCUCCUGAUCCUCGAACCCUACGAAUCAGAAACCGCCACUGUACCCAAUCCAAUCCUCCACUUUACUUGCUUGGAUGCCGCAAUCGCCAUCAAACCCGUCUUUGACCGCUUCAGCUCGGUAGUAAUCACCUCUGGCACAAUUUCUCCUCUGGAAAUCUACCCAAAGAUGCUGGGUUUCAACACGGUAGUGCAAGAAUCCUACAGCAUGACACUAGCCCGUCGCUCUUUCUUGCCCAUGAUCGUAACAAGAGGAAGCGAUCAAGGCGCCAUCUCCUCCUCCUUCACCAUCAGAAACGAUCCAGGCGUGGUGCGCAACUACGGCAACCUCCUCAUCGAAUUCUCAAAAAUCACUCCUGAUGGUAUAGUCGUCUUUUUCCCGUCUUACCUAUACAUGGAAAGCAUCAUCUCCAUGUGGCAAGGCAUGGGCAUCCUCGACCAAGUCUGGAAACACAAGCUCAUCCUCGUCGAAACCCCGGACUCGCAAGAAACUUCUCUCGCGCUAGAAACCUACAGAACCGCAUGUUCCAACGGCCGCGGCGCAAUCUUGCUCUGCGUGGCUCGCGGCAAAGUGUCCGAAGGUAUAGAUUUCGACCAUCACUACGGGCGCACCGUGUUGUGUAUCGGCGUGCCCUUCCAAUACACCGAAUCCCGCAUCCUCAAAGCCCGCCUCGAAUUCCUCCGCGAAACCUACCGCAUCCGCGAAAAUGACUUUUUGUCCUUCGAUGCCAUGAGGCAUGCUGCACAGUGUCUGGGACGCGUGUUGCGCGGCAAAGACGACUACGGCAUCAUGGUGCUCGCCGACCGCCGCUUUGGCAAGAAGCGCGUGCAACUCCCCAAAUGGAUCAAUGCUGCUUUGCUCGAAGGCGACUCCAAUCUUUCCGUCGAUCAGGCGGUGGCUACUGCAAAAAGGUUUCUGAAGAUGAUGAGUAAGCCGUUCCCUGCGCGCAUGCAGGAAGGCGUUAGUACGUGGAGUAUCACGGAUUUGGAAAAGCACAAGGAAAAGGUUGAGAGGGAGAGACAGAGGGAUGAGAGGGUGAAUGGGGUGAGUGGUGAUGCGGUUAUGCGGGAAGCUAAUCUUGCUGCUGAGGCAGAUGAGUAUGGAGGUUUGGAUGAUGAGGAUAUCAUGCAGAUCGAUGCUUGA